GGGGAUGAGCAGGCAGUCUCUGCCUCAAAGUUCGGUUGCCUUAUUUACCUAGUCGACCUUGUCUCGUUUACUUUCUUUUCGUCUCUUCUUGUCUUUCUUCCACCUUCAUACACAGCCCUUGUACUCCAAUAACUCUACUUAUCCCAUCUGUUGCCAUAGUUUUGUGGUACAAAGAUACCCUUCCUUGUCCAGUCCCUCACUUUGACGGUGUCUGUGAUACACAGUCAACCAGCAUUGCUCUUUCCGCCACUUAUUACUCGUUUUUGACAAAAGACCUCCACGGUACGCGGUGGGGAAACUUUGGGCACCUCGACUUUGACAACUGCUGCAGCUACUACGCAACCGCAUAGUACAUCCACUUAUUGUUCACGUCACACUCCGUUCCCUCUUCCUUCUCGACCAUGGGGAAGCCUAGACUUAUCAUCCUGAUCAGACACGCCCAGUCUGAGGGUAACAAGAACCGCGAUAUCCACCAAACGAUUCCCGACCACCGCGUAAAGCUCACAGACGAAGGAUGGCAACAAGCAUACGAUGCCGGCCGUCGGCUGCGUAAGCUGUUGCGCGCCGACGACACCAUCCAGUUCUUCACCAGUCCCUACCGCCGCACACGCGAGACCACAGAAGGCAUCUUGGCCACUUUGACCAGCGACGACCCGGAACCCAGCCCCUUCAAGCGCAAUCACAUCAAAGUCUACGAAGAGCCUCGCCUACGAGAGCAAGACUUUGGAAACUUUCAGCCCUGUAGCGCAGAGAUGGAACGCAUGUGGCAGGAGCGCGCGGACUACGGUCACUUCUUCUACCGGAUCCCUAAUGGGGAGAGUGCCGCAGAUGCAUACGAUCGAGUCAGUGGCUUCAACGAAAGUCUCUGGCGCCAGUUCAAUGACGACGACUUCGCCAGCGUUUGCGUUCUAGUUACACACGGUCUUAUGUCGCGAGUCUUCCUUAUGAAGUGGUACCACUUCAGUGUCGAGUACUUCGAGGAUCUGCGAAACGUCAAUCACUGCGAGUUUCUCAUCAUGCGCAAGAACGACAGUGGCAAAUACAUAUUAGAAAACAAGUUGCGAACGUGGUCGGAGCUAAGAAAGGAGCGUGCUACACAACAGGCUCUCUUGACCGGAGGAAAGUCCAAGCUAGACUCGGCCCCUUCCCCCACCCCGCGCAUGCCUUCCGACCCGAGCGCACCACCAGUCGAGAUGCGACGGCGGUGGGGAGGUUGUCCGAACGGCUGUAACCACGACAAGAACUUCAAGAUCCGCUCGACGCUUGCCGACCUGGUCAAGACCGACCACAUGAUUUCAAACCACGUUACCUCCACCGAUAUCACUGUUACCGAUAGCGCGAGUGGUAAUUCGACAGACGCCGAUACCCCCAGUGUAGCUAGCAGCAGCAGCAUCGCGUUUACAGAUGGGGCCGGCCCUGCUACUGGCAAGGCUCAAGGAGUCGCCAACGCCUCUUUCAACGGUACCGCACUGCCUAAUGGGCCGACGAUUGCGAGCCGGAGACCGACGGCCAAACGUAUUCAGUCUACUAGCAGCGGGGCCACACUGUCGCCAGCAGUGGCACACGCUGGUCCGGUCAUCGACAUAACCAAGGCGCGCGAAGAGGUCGUCUCGAGUCCAGACGGCACGCCAUCCUUUAUAUCGAUCGAAGACCGCCUUCGAAACCAUCUCAAGAGUCCCAGCGCGCCGCCCCGUCCCCAUAGCCAUAGCCUUCAUAUUGGUCGUGAUGGUGGAGGCACCUACAGUGGACAUAGCAGCAGCGAAACCGAGUUGUCAGAUGAUGAGCGGCGCAAGAAUGUCAAGGUCAAAACCCCGAGUGGCGGACUCACCCCCCAUGCUGUUCGUCCAGUACCACACCGCCAUCCUAGCCGGGACCAGAGCCAAAUGGGCCGCGGCGCCAAAGCCAACCGUCUAGGCGAUCAUCCUCCCAGUAGCGAUGGCGAGCAUGAAGCCGAUGGAGAGCACGAGCCUGACUGCGAAGAAGAUGAAGAAAAUAGCGGUCAGGAGCAGGAAGAGGGCGCGAGGCUUACCGAGUCAACAAAGAAGAAGCAGAGUCUAGAGGACUUGGCAGACGCGGAGAAGGAAGAUAGAAGCCUGCGAGGGAGUGUGUACUAGGACUCUCUUGUUCUUUACACUUUCUUCUGCACUCUGGCUGUCUUGUCUUUUUCUUCUUCCUGUUGGUCUCCAUGCACUUGGCUUUGGGAGUUUUUGUGAGGCUAAAGGUACGACCUUGCUUCCAUUAUAUGUGGCUGUGGGAGUUGGUUUUCUGUUUUGUUUUGAUAAGGCGCUUUGGGGUUUCAUGUACAUAGUUAGCGAAUUUCUCCGGUCUGCGUUUCAGUUGGUUCGGGCACGAUCACGAAGAUCACGGGUGGUCCAGGGAUGAAAAUGGAUGGGUGAGAUGUAAGUAUGCAGUGAGAUUGACAUGAAGAUACCCCCAAUGUCUUUACAUACUGCUAAACUGCUAUUCAUAACUUUUUUUGUUUCCUCUAACUAGAUGCAUUCAAGUCACUGCCGUCUCUCGAGCCUUUCCAGUUAGUAGUAUUCACCUGUAUACCGCUCGCUAUAGUAACAAUUAGCGGCCAAAACUCUUGUCUCCUA